ACAGAUAUAGCCAGCAUAGCAAGGCUGCAAGAGAAGGUGGCGAAAGGUUCAGCUCAUUUAAGCCGCUACUUUCUGUUCCAACAAUUUAAAUUAUCUGUUUGAGGACAAGCAGACGGAAGAAUAUGUCGGAGAUGGACAAAAGGACCAUUUCUUAUUAAAAUAAUAAGCUGUAAAGGAUCAGAGACUGAAUCUGCUGAAUUUUUUUAGCCCUCCAUCUUCGGGAUUCUGAUGGGGACCAGUGAGGCAGCGCUUCGAAUGGAAAAUGUUGAACUGAAAGAGGAAUGGCAGGAUGAUGAUUUUCCCAGACCAAUUCCAGAGGAACAAGGCAUGGAUGUUCUUGGACGAUUGCCAGCUCUAGAAAAUAGAACUUUACCCCCUAACACACUGAAUAUCAUUGGGAAUCAUCCGACACGCAAGACUCUUGUUGCCCCAGAAAUUAACAUCUCGCUGGAUCAGAGUGAAGGCUCCAUUUUGUCAGAUGAUUACCUGGAUACACCUGACGACCUCGACAUUAAUGUCGAUGACCUGGAGACUCCGGAUGAGACAGAUUCCCUGGAAUAUUUAGGAAAUGGAAAUGAGCUGGAGUGGGAAGAUGAUACUCCAGUUGCAAGUGCAAAAAACUCUCCCAGUGCAAAAGGGGGCUCCUUUGAAGACUGUGCAGGAGAUGGGGAAUCUACCAAUGGGAGACUGUGGAGGACAAUCAUCAUCGGAGAGCAGGAACACAGGAUUGAUAUGAAAAUAAUCAGGCCAUAUAUGAGAGUGGUGACACACGGAGGUUAUUAUGGUGAAGGUCUGAAUGCAAUUAUCGUAUUUGCUGCGUGUUAUUUACCCGACAGUGGUUGUGCAGAUUAUACCUACAUCAUGGAAAACCUGUUCCUGUAUGUGAUCAGUAUCUUGGAACUGCUGGUUGCUGAAGACUAUAUGAUUGUGUACCUGAAUGGGGCCACACCUCGCAGAAGGAUGCCAGGCCUAGGCUGGCUGAAGAAGUGUUAUCAGAUGAUAGACAGAAGGCUAAGGAAGAACCUGAAGUCAUUAAUAAUUGUUCACCCGUCCUGGUUUAUUAGGACUGUGCUGGCAAUUUCCAGGCCAUUCAUUAGUUUUAAGUUCAUGAGUAAGAUUCAGUACGCUCACACUCUCUCAGAACUGGAGCAGGCCAUUCCAAUGGAGCAGGUGCAGAUUCCUGAAUGUGUUUUACAAUUCGAGGAAGAAAGAAUAAAGUCAAGGAGGCCCAGGACAGAAGACGGUCAGUCCGUGAUUGAGAAAAACAGAUCUGGAGCUGCAGCUGAAGAGCAGGAGUAAAGGAAGCUAAGAACCUUCAUAUCAAAGACUGGAAUUCAGAGAAAACUGGAUGAAGUUCAUGACAAGAAAGUUGUUUUGAAAUAAUGUGACCAAGUUUGAUGGUUAUAAGAAUUGACUUUCACUCUCUGCCACUGAUUCCAGGAUGCAGACACUGGCCCCCAUGUUCAUUGGAACUCAGUUGCCCCUGAUCAGGCCAUUUUAACAUGACAUGGGGUUUCUUAUGUCAUACAUGAAAACUAUGUGGGACAUGGUCAUAAUCCUAUUGCCAAAAGAGUACCCCAAGCAUAGCUGUUGAGAAUCAUUUAAUAUCUCUGUUUCUUCAUCUAAUUUACUGAAGCACUGAUGUUGCUGUACUGUGAGUUCCACGGGCACAGAUUUCCCUCCAAUACUGCAGCUGGGGCUAAUAUUUGUUAGCUUCAAGGCUGAUCUGGAUAAUCUGUUGUGGAGGUAUCAAAGCCUAAACUCAGUUCUCUCCUUAACCAACUCUUAUACAUUGGAGUGUCCGACUAACAGUCCAAUGAAGGCAGUAGCCUUAGGUGUUCUUCCCCAGUUCCAUUGUAUUAAAAGGCUCUACAAAAGGAUUCUCCACCAUCAACAGUGAUGGGUAAUGAGGAUUCUAAAGAUAAUUGUUCUGGGAAAGGUCAUAUUGCUACAUUUCAGCUUGCUGUUAAGGCAGAAUAGGAAUCUUUUACAGCAUUCAACCCUCAAUUACCUGAGGCUGGCAUUGGUGCAUAGGCAGUUUGUUCAUUUUUUUCCACUGAACAUUAUCACCCUGAUAUAUAAUACUAAAUACAAAAAUGACUAAACCAUGGGGUUGGUGGGGGGUUUGGUGACAGGGUCAGGUCCAAUGUAUCAUUGAAUAGUAAGGUGAUCCCAGAAGUUUUAGGAUUCUGUUGGGGAACAAAGUACAUUAGGAUGAAUGCAAUAUGCUCUCCCCUUGUGACCAGCAAAGUCUCUGAUCCAGUCCCUGGUCUCUACUGGGUUGGCUAGGGUGGCAGUGUAGAUGCUGCACGGUUGGCA